GUUCGCGAACGUAACACCACUAGCAGUAAAAGCAAACCCUCCCCUUAACCAGGACUCUGAGCCGAGGGAUAACUGUCCUUUCAAUGGACGAAAAAACGUUCCUCGGUCUUAAAACACGACCUAACUUCAUCAUAUAGUCUUAAUUUUAAAUACAGACAGAGAAUAUUUAUACGAUUUAAUGUGAAGAGUCUUACUAGUGUCAAACAUGCUAAUAUAUCCACGCAGUCAAAGAAGAGGACCACCGAAAACGGAAUUAACGUUAUCCCUUUUAUUUUAAAGUCAGGCUUGUUUGUUUAUCAGCGAAACCUUUAGAACACAUAGCUUGCUAGCUAGAGAGAGAAAUCCAUCGGACAGAGACUGACAACAGGACGAUCGUCAAUUUGAUUCCUGAAAUUGCCUCAUGUCCUGAGGUAUGGGGGCCUUCCUGGACAAGCCCAAGACAGAGAAGCACAAUGCACAUGGUGGGGGCAACGGUCUCCGUUAUGGCUUGAGCAGCAUGCAGGGAUGGCGCGUGGAGAUGGAGGACGCACACACGUCCUUGGUGGGCCUGCCCCACGGCCUGGACGACUGGUCCUUCUUCGGCGUGUAUGACGGGCACGCCGGCUCACGGGUGGCCAACUACUGCUCCAAGCACCUGUUGGAGCACAUCAUCUCCAGCAGCGAGGACUUUGGGCCCGGGCCCGCCGACGUGGAGGGGGUGAAGGUCGGCAUCCGCUCGGGCUUCCUGAAGAUCGACGAGUACAUGCGCAACUUCACCGACCUGCGCAACGGCAUGGACCGCAGCGGCUCCACGGCGGUGGCCGUGCUGCUGUCGCCCGACCACCUGUACUUCAUCAACUGUGGCGACUCGCGCGCCAUGCUCUGCCGCGCGGGCCAGGUGCGCUUCUCCACGCAGGACCACAAGCCCUGCAACCCGCUGGAGCGCGAGCGCAUCCAGAACGCCGGCGGGUCGGUCAUGAUCCAGCGCGUCAACGGCUCCCUGGCCGUCUCCCGGGCCCUCGGCGAUUACGACUACAAGUGUGUGGACGGCAAGGGUCCUACCGAGCAGCUGGUCUCGCCCGAGCCGGAGGUGUUUGAGAUCGCCCGCGCUACCGACGAGGACGAGUUUGUGGUGCUGGCCUGCGACGGCAUCUGGGAUGUCAUGAGCAACGAGGAGCUGUGUGAGUUUGUGCGCUCACGCCUGGAGGUAUGCGACGACUUGGAGAAGGUCUGCAACACAGUGGUGGACACCUGCCUACACAAGGGAAGCCGAGACAACAUGAGUGUGGUGCUGGUGUGCUUGCCCAACGCACCUAAAGUGUCAGAGGAGGCUUUGAAGAGGGAGGCAGAGCUGGACAAGUUCCUGGAGUCUCGGGUGGAAGAUCUCUUGGAAAAGUCUGGAGAUGAGGGCAUCCCAACCAUGGCCCACAUCAUGCACCAUCUUGCCAAAGAGAGCCUCCCAAAUUUACCAGCAGGAGGUGGUCUUGCCAGCAAACGUACUGUGAUCGAGGCAGCAUACAACAGGCUCAACCCACAGAGAGAGGAGGAUGAGGAUGGCGCGGGGGGCUCGGACGAGGAUUCCUCGCGAGUUUCGGCGGCGGCUCACCUCCUGGAGGCGCUGCGGCAGUUCCGCCUGAGCCACCGCGGCGAGUACCGGCACGUGCUGGAGGAGGCGCUGGUCAGCUACCGCACGUCCGGCUCUGCCAGAUCGCCGCCGCCGCCACCACCGCCGUCGUCCUCCUCCUCCUCCUCCUCCUCCUCCGCCGCCGCCUGUCCCACCAACACAGAGGGAGAAGAGGACGAGAACAUGACCCGCUCCCCGCCCCCCUCCCCCGCCUCAGAGGAGUCCUCUGAGGAGGAGCAGCAGAAGCCCCUGCCAGAGGCGUCCGACCAGCCCACUGCAUGACCUCCCACAUGACCUGCCACACACACACACACACACACACUCCACCCUGCUACACCUCCACCUGAUGUUUAGACUCAGCGCCCCCCCCCCCCCCCCCUCCGGAGUGGCGGUUUCACCUCUGUAGAGCGUGGUGUGACCAGUGGCAAUGGUUGUUUGAGUUUGUCAUUAGCAUCAAUGGGUAUCCUCCCUACAGUGAGCUCACAGACAGUCUGGCGCCUCUUGGCCAAAUGAAGACCUUUCCCUCUGUUCCAACUGUAUUACACGUCUGGUCACUGGUCAACACAAUUUGCAACCCAGUAUCUCCGGUGGCCACAGUCUCAAUACUUUCUAGUGGAAAAGUCUACAGCUUUAACUAGUUACCAAUUUUCAAAGGCUAUUUUCAUUUUUUUAGCAUAGUCUACAAUACAGAUUCACCAGCUAGCAUGGACAACAACCUAGACAACUGCCUCACAAAUCCCCAGCAGGUUGUACAAUCUACAUCCUGAGACCUCAGUUCAGUCUACAGUCUGAACACUAUCGUCUGUCGUUGUUCAUUCUAAAUAUUUCGCAGUCAGCACAGACUAAACAUGUCUCCUGUUAGCCAAGUCUGCAGUCUAAACAUCUGCCCUAUAUCAGUCCACACCAUAAACCUGCUCUUUACAAUAUGGGAUUUUGCAUAAAAAGCACUUACUUUUUACAACAUACAGCUUACACACUCCAAUUGACAGCCUGUUCCCAUGAGUAAGGCUAGUCCACAGUGUUAUCUCUUCCUAGUAGCAGCCUGGCGCUACUGCAGGGGUGUAUGGAUUGACAUGUGCAUCUACUCGAACUAAGGAUGCUAGAGUUGUCCCCCUGCAUGUGCUCUCUGCCUGGCAUUUUAGCAGUGCAUUCAGGAUUGGGCCAUUGUGGAUGUUGGCUGAGAGGAAGGAGGUCAAUAGAUAGUCAUUUCCCAGUCUUGAUGUAUGCAAUAAAGGUAUGGGAUUUGUGUUUGUGAGUGAGUGUGUGUGUGUGGUGUGAACAUGUGUGAGCGAUGCAAUGUGUCGUGUUUUUUUUCUGGUUCUUUUGGUGUGUGUGUGUGUGUGUGUGGACAUGGUGGUAAAGGACAGACAUUUGAGAGAUUUGUGAUGUGUGUUUUUGUCUAUGUGUAUGCUAAAAAUGGAUUACAGUCUCAAAUAUGCUGACUGUAGAGUAUCAUAAAUCCCUAGACAGAGGAUCCAAAAAAAGAAGCACAAUUGACAACGUAUUAGCACUUAACCCGAGAUCACCUUACAAGGCAAGUGCAGGAACCUCUUGUAAGCUGUGGUCCAUCCAUAAUAAUAAUAAUAUGAUGCAUGGAAAUAAACUGCAGCUUGACUGGAGUGCUCUUGGGCUAGCUCAGCGCUAACCGCUGACCCAGGCAGGAAUGUCUGUGGAAUGUUGCGUCAUUUUGCACUUACACUCAGACCAGUGUGUAACCAAGGAGCUUUAAUCCAUCUAUGAGUAGAGAUAACGGUUUUGUUUAUCAGGGGUUUGGUUUUAGGAUUUGUAGAGCAUCAUUGAAGAUGUUUUUUUUUGUAUGACAGACAUACUGGCUCUCAUGAAGAAUGAAACAUCUGCUCUUCUGGUCAACGUCAGUAGCUCUGUCUUGCUUCAGGACUUUGGAGCCUUUGGAGUCAAAGAAAAUAUCCCAUACAAAUCAUCUCAUUAUCAAGAGUUGCUUCAUAUUUGGUUUGUUUAUUUGUUUAAUCCAUUAAAGGUUUUGGGUUCAGUUCUGAUUAGAAUGCAAAGUGUCCCAUGUAUUUUGUUGCUGUUUACCAGAAAGGUUUACAAAUAAAUCUUGUUGGACUAUA